AUGCGCACCCCCCCCCCGUACCCGUGGCAGCUCGAGUGUCUCUCCCGCGUCGCUCGCACCUCGCGCUCGCUCGUGUACACCGCACCGACGGGCGCCGGGAAGUCUCGCGUCGCCGAUGCGUUGCUCGAGGAAACGCUCGCGAGCGACGGCGGUGGACGCGCGCUCGUGGUCCUGCCCUACGUCGCGCUGGUCCGGGAGCGCGCGAUGGCGCUGGCGAAGACGCUGCGCGCGCGAGGCAUCGGCGUGCGGGCGUACGCGGGGGGAGAGAGCGAGGGAUGGGCGCUGGGAGGAGACGCGCGGUGCGCGGUGACGACGAUUGAAAAGGCGGCGAACGCGGUGUCGAGAGCGCUGGAACGAGGGAGUUUCGAUGAACUCCGGAUCGUGGUCGUGGAUGAGUUGCACAUGGUGAGUGAAGACGAGAGAGGUGGGGUGUUGGAGGGGAUGCUGGCGCGGAUUCGGCACGCGACGCGGUCGGGACGCGCGCGGAGAGGCGGACCGCGAAUAGUGUGCAUGAGCGCCACGGUGAACGCGCGGUCGCUCGAGCGCUUGGCCAAGUGGUUGGACGCAGAGACGUACGUCGGGACGUAUAGACCGGUUGAGCUCAGGGAACACGUCGUUCGCGAGGAUGGGGUGUUCGUGAAGACGGGGGAGGGGUUGACUCGGGUGCGCGACGCGCCGCGAGCGGGCGGGAGCGAGCGCGAGCGCGAGCUCGGCGUCGUCGCCGAGCUCGUCGGAGAGGUUUUCGUGCACGGACACUCGACACUCGUGUUUUGCGCGAGCAAGGCGCAGUGUUCGAACGUUGCGAAGAGACUGGCGGGGAUUUUUCAUCGACAUCCCGCCGCGAUGUCUCUGCGAGAGCGUUUCGUUGAGCGCCUGUUUGACGCGUGCGAGGGCGCGCCCGAUGUCGACUUAGUCCAAGCCAUUUUAUCGGGCAUCGCCUGGCACCACGCGGGAUUGACGACGGCUGAGAAGAAUGUCAUCGAAGAGGGAUUUAGAGACGGAGCGAUUCUGGCGCUGACGUGCACGACGACCCUCGCCGCCGGAGUGAACUUACCCACGAGACGGACGAUUAUCAUACCGGGCUACAUCGCGGGGACGAGGACGCCAUCCAUGGCGCAAUACAAACAAAUGGCUGGUCGAGCGGGAAGGAAAGGGCAAAGCGACGUCGGCGAAUCAUUUUUAAUCGUCAUGAAGAAAGACGCAGUCGCCUGGGCUCAAAAUCUAGUAUGCGGUGAUUUGCCACCUCUGGAGUCGCGGCUGUUUCCUCCAUCCAGAGGCCGAGACGCGCCACCGACGGCGGAACAGAAGAAAUUCUACCUUGAAUCCAUCGCGUGCGGUAUUCUCAAGACGAAGGAAGAUGCUGGCGAGCUCGCGUGUCGCACGUUUGCGUGGACAUCGGAGGACGAUUACUCUUCGAUUCUAUUGCGACAAGAGGUCUCACUGAAGCAAAUUCAUGACGAGGGCGUCGUGAUGGUGCGCCGAACUGGUGAAAAUUCUACAGAGUGGUGCUCGACUCCGGAAGGUUUCGCGUUUUACCGAUGCUCUCUGCCGAUAGCGCACGCAAAAAAGCUGCGAAGUGAGCUCGACGAUGCGCUACGAAACGGUCUCAAUCUCACCUCUCGGACGCAUUUGCUCUUCUUUUGCAUCUCAAACGAAUCAAACUUCCUCGCGAACAACUUAAACUGGCACGUGUGGAGCGACUGGUUAGAGCACGAUAGCGUGCUUCAUCAACUCGGUGAAAAGCACUUGGGAGUCACUCGAGAGUACGCGGAGCACGCGCAGUAUCGCCUUGGCGUCUCCGCAGAAUCGAGAGCUGUUCGUUCUCGACACGAGCGUCUUGCCGCCGCGCAUCUCUUGAGUGAGUUGUUGGCAAACGACGACACCAUCUUCGACAUAGAGCAGAAGUGGUCGCUAAUGUCUAACGGUGCGAUAGAUCGCGGUAAAAUUCAGUCUCUUCAGAACAUGGCGGCGACGACAGCGGGCAUGGCGAGCGUGUUAGCGAAUGAGUGUGGCUGGAGCGCGCUCGCGGGAUUGAUGCUAAAUGUGAGUGAAGAGUUGCAAGCGGGGGCGCGGCGAGAGCUGCUGCCUCUCAUGCGGCUCGAUGGAAUGACUGGAGCGCGAGCGCGGUCGUUGUACAACGCUGGCUUCAAGACGCCAACGAUAAUCGCUUCGCUGGCCACUGAAAAGUUGGAUAAACUUGUCGAAGCGUGCCUGAAAUCGUUGUCGCGCUCUUCGAGAGCUGGCUUAGAUCAGGCGAUGCGCACGACGGCGUGGCGCGUAGCCACGUCCUUAGCUAAGAACGCGCGCGAAGUGAGCGUGAUGGAGGCGCGAGCGGCGCUGGCGAACCUAGAAGAAUAG